AUGUUCCACCAAAAUACAGACAAUAUCCCUUUAAGGGAUUCUGACAAUUACUACUUCACCAAAUUAGAACGUCUAAUGGUGAAAGAAACAAAAAAGUGGUGGGAAGUGUCUUAUCUAGAGGGUUAUCUCAAAGAGGGAUUAAUCCCCAGAGGACUGAGAGUGGAGAAAAUCCCAGCAUGUGGCGUAGAGAAUGAGGAAUUCCUAAGAAAAUGGGACUCAAUCCUAGACACAUGCUCUCAAAACCUCAUGAAAUUAAUAAUUGAAUUUGAAAAACAAGGUAGAGAACAAAUAGAGAGAGACAUAAAAACACUGGAAUCUGAGGGCAGUCAAAAUAUAGAACCCAAUAAAUAUAAAGAAAAGGAACAAGAAAUUUGCAAUUCCGUUAUUAGUGUGAUGGACGUGGUUCGUGGUGAUCGAUGGGAGAAUAAUCAGACAGAAGUGAAUGAAUUUAUCCUUCUGGGGUUUCUACAUAUCUCAAACUGGAAAUGUGAGAUGUUUAUUGUCUUCUUGAUCAUCUUUCUCAUGACCUUGAUAGGUAACAGCCUAAUUAUUUUAGCCAUUAAAGUUAAUGUGGAGCUGCAUAGUCCCAUGUAUUUCUUUUUGGGGAACCUUUCUUUCCUGGAGAUCUGUUACACCUCUAUCACAAUACCCAACAUACUGUCCGACAUCUUACAAAACAGUAUUGUUAUCUCCUACACUGGCUGUAUGACCCAGGUCUAUCUUUUCACUUUUUGUGCCACUGCAGAAUGCAUCCUUCUGGCCGCCAUGGCUUGUGACCGCUAUGUGGCCAUCUGCCAACCUUUACGCUACACGACAAUUAUUAAUAGGACCGUAUGCAACUAUCUAUCAGCAUUUGCCUGGCUAAGUGGGCUUCUUAACUCCACUAUCAACACCCCUCUCACAGCAAGUCUCAUGUUCUGCGGUGUCAACGCAAUAGACCGCUUGUACUGCGAGAUCCAACCCUUAAUUCGGCUCUCCUGUGCAGACACUUGGCUCAAUGACAUGUUUGCCACUGCCUCUGCUGCCGUAUUUGGGGUGAGCUGCCUUAUUUUUAUUUUAACUUCUUAUAUUUUCAUUGUCUCUGCCAUCCUGAGGAUCCCACGCCAGAACAACCAACAUAAGUCUUUCUCCACUUGUGCUUCCCAUAUCACGGUGGUCAUCCUGUACUACGGAUCACUCAUCUUCAUGUAUCUUCUGCCCAAUUCCUGGACAAAGCUGGACUUUUUAGUGUCUAUGAUUUACUCCAUAUUUACCCCCAUGCUUAACCCUAUCAUUUACAGCCUGAGGAACCGGAAGGUCAAACAAGCACUACUCAUUUUGAAAUGUGCACCAAUGACUCACAAUAUGGGGAAAAUAAAGUUAAGGAAGAGGUAA